AUGGCGCUCGUACCACCCGUCCAGAAAGACGGCUUCUCCUAUGCCGGGGACUCGUUCUACCGUGAAGCGAGCAACCUGAACCGCCACCGUCGAGCGACACUGCCCGAGCUUAAGAACCACUUCAAUGGCAAAGACACCGAGAAUCGCCCUGCACACUGGUACGAGGCACAGCUCCUCCACUAUGGCCUACCACCAUCCAAGGUCAAAGGCACCGCUCACAAACGUCUCUUCGAUGCGGUGAUGGGCAGCGGCCUCGCCGUGCCGUCGCAUAUCCAGAAGAUCGAGACCGACCUGAAGAAGGAAUGGGCAAAGAAGGAACGGGAGGCGAAGAAGAUGUUGAAGGAAUCCGCUACUACGAAGCCACCGGCCAAGGGUACAAAGCGCAAGGCAGACCAAGUCUCGACCUCGACCAGUGUCAACGUCAGUGUUAGCGUCUCGAGUACUGGGGUGGUAGAGGUGCAGGCGGCUGCGAAGAAAGCGAAGGUCACUCCAAAGACCACGGCCAAGGAAAAGAAGGCUGCGCCGGCCGCAAAACCGAUCGCGCCCACUGCUGCCCCCAAGGAGAAGAAGAAGCAAACCGCCAGGAAAUCGACAGCUCCAAGCACUACCGUUGAAGUCGCGAAGACCACGACAGUCAAGCCAAAAGCGGCAGCUGCGGCACCAAAGGAAAAGAAGACAACCGCUCCAAAAACAACGGCUGAAGAAAAGAAACCCGCACCGGCCAAGUCGACAACUGCUGCUGCCAAACCUGCCAAACCAACUGCAAACCCGAAGCCGAAGGGGGCUGCAAGCAAGGCAUCUCAACAGUUGGCACCCUCUCAAGGCCACGAUCAUGCUGAUGCACCACCACCAUACUCGGAGUACGACCCAGGCGUUGGCUCUGGGUGGAUGGAAUCUGUGCCACCGAUCUCACCGACGAGCCCCCGACGGAGGAUUGGUCUACUUAAUGGACGAUACAGCGUGUCUUGUGACCAUGUUGAGUUAAACUUUCCCGAAUACCAGGACCGCCUGAACCUCAUUGCGACACUUGAUGGGAACGCCCUUUGGUUGAAUUUCAAUCUUGGAGUUGCUACUGGCAUGAUGAGAGUGCAGCGUCCAUAUGAAGUGAAUACAGAGGAUGCCAUCACAGUAUUCUGGCGUGGGAACGCCCUACCAAGAAUGACAAAUCAGCGUGAGCUGUUCAACAUUGACACGGACGGCCGCGCUGGCUCGUCCAAUGGGCUUUUCUUUAUGGGCGACGGUCACCUUCGAGGAUUUAUCCGAUACGGCUCAGAGAGAGAUGAUAAUGAGGUCGACCUGGAGUUCGAUGCUUACCGGCAACCAAACCAGUCGAUGACCUCUGAGAUCAGUCCUACCGAGGCGCGUGAGAUAUGGGCUUCGUUGCAGGAGCGACAAGGUUCAUAUUACUCGGAUUCGGAUUCAUACGACGAAUAUUGA